AUGCGUUCAGUUUCAGCACUCUUUCUGUGUUCCUCCCCAAUAUCACACACGAUACGAUAGGCGGCCAGUACUCGAAUCAGUAGAAGAAGAGAUCUCUCUCAGAGGCUUCGUCAAAAGCUAAGGUAGUCAGUCAGUCUCUCUCUCUCCCUCUGCAACUGCAAUAAUAGGGCGGUAAUAAAGAGGAAUCAAUAAUGGGACCGAGAAAGUGUCAAGUGUGCGACGGAUCACAAUCCAAGUACAAGUGUCCGGCCUGCCUCAUCCCUUAUUGCUCUUUGAUCUGUUUCAAGAAGCACAAAGAAAUUCCAUGUGUAAGGCCAGAAUCUGCUUCCGAGGCAAAAGCAGCUCCAGGUGCAGCAUUGCAUGUUGAAAGACCAUAUUAUGUUGACGAACAGAGUGAGGUGCUGCAAAAUUUGCAACUAGAGGCUACAGCUUCUUGUAGUGAAAUCCGUAAUGCUUUGGAGGAUGAAGAGCUUCAGAAACUCAUAUACAACAUAGAUACUUCUCCAGAUGCUGAGAAUGAGCUCGACAAGGCAAUGGAAACAGAGGUGUUCCGGUUGUUUACUGACAAGGUAUCACAUGCAAUUGGUAUCAGUAUUCCCUUUUUAUGGUGUGUUUUUUCCAGUGGAUAUGCUAUUGUGCAACACACGUUCAUUAUUCCUGCUUAUGUUCUCAUUUGGGGCAGACAAGAUUUGAAGGGCUGUUAACUGUUUUCCUCUGUUCACAGAUUUUGUGUACCAUUAGUGGGAAUAGCAAAGCAUUGUAGCCAGCUGACGACAUUAUCCCUUGAUUGUGGCCUGUUUUAAAGCUAUGAUUUUGGCAUAUUUUUCUGACUUAAAUCUGGCUUUGCCUCUGCUCGGAAGUAUCUGAGACAGGUCAGACGAUAUGGUCCCCAGUUAAGUAUAUUAAUUUAUUAUCAGCACCAAAUGUAUUUUUCUAGCGAUAAAUUACCCUCCAGUUAAGUAUAUCUUGCUUCUUCUUACCCUUUUUUGGAUCUCUAAAUGCUGCCAAAUUUGUGAUUUUCACUUAUAAUAUACUAAUGGAUCCAAAUGCAUUUCAUUACACUUUUCCUCGAUUUCUAUAUGUAGUGGAUCACCGGUGUAUUGAUAAAGGGUCGGUCAACAUAUAAUAUGUUCUCCAUUAGUUCGUAGAUGGUGAUUUACCAUUAAAAAAAAUCGGGGACAAAAGUGUAUUGGAAUAGAUCCAAUCCCUUUUAAUUACAUCCUUGUGUUGA